AGCUGAGGCAGACUGUAUAUAAACUGUGGUGAUCCGAAACCUCUGACAGCAGCUCGAGAAUCGUCUGACUUGAAGCUUUCCAGAGGAAUUUGCUAAAGUGAUCUCAAGGUGUCUUUUCAUCAUGGAUAUAACCAUUUUUAUGAUGGAUGGGACUGCCCACACACUGAGUGUGAACCCACAGGCCACAGUGGGCUCCCUGAAAUCCCUGAUCCAGCAGAAACUAGGAGUUCGCUCUGAGACGCAGAAGCUGGUCUAUGUAAACGGCAUGAACACUGUCCUCAGCGACGACUCGACACCCAUCAGCCACUACGGCUUGAACUCUGGAGCGAGGGUCUCCCUGCUGGUGACCCAGCCUGCGACCAUCCAGGUGUUCCUCAGAAACGAAAAGGGGAAGACGAGCACCUAUGACAUCAAACCUGGCGAGACUGUGGGCAACUUCAAGAAGAGGGUCCAGUCCAGAGAGGGGGUCCCUGUGGACCAGCAGAGGCUCAUCCACCAGAGCAAAGAUAUGACGGAGGCGGGGUACAAACUCUCAGACUACAACGUCGUAUCGCACAGCACCAUCAACCUGAGCCUCCGCCUGAGAAGUGGCUGAGGACACUUCUGGUUCAUCGGAGUUGAUUUCCUGAACAUUCCUUUAUUUUAUUUUAAUUAAUGAUAUAGCUUCAAAUUGUUCUUAUUUAUUUGUAUUUUAAUUUGGAAAAAUCAAUGCAUUCCUCUGUUUAGGCUUAUGUAUUCCGUAACGUUUUACAAAAUAACGUUUUAAGGCUUAAUUCUUUAUUUGGUUUUGGUAGUACAAAUAUUUUAUCCACUCAACAUGUCAUUAUGUUAACUGCACACUGUUAAAAACAAAUAAAAAUAACUUUCCAAAUAUGAA